AGUGAUGCAGUGAGAUUGAUCAUAGAUUCUCUUUCUGGACAUACAUGCAACGUAAAAGGAUAUAAUCAUUAUUAUUAUUGAACCCACUGGUCACCAUGUCUUUAAUCUAGGGUCAGAAGUUUGCUGUAAUCUUGAUAAUAUUUGACCACGGUGUACCAAAUAACCCAAAUGGACUCAUCAGAGAUAAGUCAACAGAAAGACAAACUUUUUCAGAGAGCCACCACCGGUGUUGUUCUGGGGUUAGGAAGGCCAGGAUAGAUUAUAUGAAGAAUGUAUGCAUAUUCUUAGAAGAGGGCAAUUUUAGUUACUGAACCUUUCAUGAUGCCACCUUCCAGUGUGUUAGAGUCAAUUCCUUGUGUGUGUAUUGGGGAAGGAAAUCUCCUGCUCUGUUGUUUGCAAAACCUGAAUGAACUUAGAUUCAACGUUAUCACCGUAUUUACAAAUACUCCAGCCGUUCGAAAAUACUGCGAAGAUGGAAACAUUUGUCACUGGGAGAGAGGAGCUAACAUGGAAGAUGUUUUAAAGCACGCAGAAUUUGAUUAUUUAUUCAGUAUUUCAAAUCCACGUAUAAUCAAAGAAAAUGUUCUUAGGCUGCCACGUGUGAUGUCAAUCAAUUAUCACGAUUCCCCACUUCCGGCGUAUGCUGGUGUCCACUCUACAAGCUGGGCAAUUAUGAACGGUGAAUUGAAACAUGGGAUCAGUUGGCACGUCAUUGAAAUAGGAAUAGAUACGGGUGAUAUUCUACAGUUUAAGGAGGUGACUGUUGCUGACAACGAUUCAGCUUUGACUCUUAACCUUAAAUGUCAGGAAGCUGCUAAACAGGCAUUUGAAGAUCUGCUCUCAGAUAUAAGAAAAGAUACCAUUAAACGACAGAUACAACCACAAGUAGGGAGAUCAUAUUUUGGUCUGUAUGCUAUUCCUCCAAACGCAGGAGUGCUAUCAUUUGACUCUAAGUCACAAGAAAUAUACAAUAUAGCGAGAUCACUUGAAUUUGGUAACCAUAACAACGCGCUUGCUAGUCCAAAAAUUGUUACAGCAUCAGGGGAAUUUCUUUUAGUAACAAAUGUUGAACCAGCUCGUGGAGAAAUCUAUAAAUCUGGAGAUCCUGGGUGUAUUUUAGAUAUUGUUGACGAUACUCUAGUCGUUAGCACAGCUGAUAAACCCCUUUUCGUUUCAUUUGCAUAUUUAGAUGGCACCCAUCCACUUCAAAACACUUACAAAGACCACAGCCUAUAUACAGGAGCAAAAUUGACAACUGUCAAUUUAAAUACUGAUGCACUAGUAGACAUAAAGAAGAAAGAACAGUUUUGGAAGAAUAAAAUGGCUGCUUAUGAACCAACAACUUUUUUCCGUCAACGUAUGAAUGUAGUUGCCGGCAUCAUAGAUGUAUCAACUGAAAUCAACGUCAAAACAGCUGUUAUACAAUUACCCAACAUCCCACUACCAGUUGCUUUUGAGGAUGUUAACGACUACCUCUCAGCUGCGUUUCUGGCAUUUAUGGCCCGUAUAUGUUGCAUCAAAACUAUAUGUGUAGGUAUUUUAGCAGAUAAGGAUAAAAUUUCAGAUGCAGCUCUUCCUUUGUAUUCCGACAUCUGUCCUGGUUUAUUCAAAAUCAACAUCCGUGAUGAAUUGUCCUCCAUUUUGAAUUCUUGUCAUGAAUCACUACAGAAACACCACUCGUCACACUCGUUCUUGAUGGACAUGUUCUAUCGAUAUCCGGAAUUGAGAGGUCGGAAACAAGUUCCGCAUCAUAAUAUUGUACUUGGAAGUCUGAUUAAGAAAUCAUCAGAGCGGGAAUUUAAAGAAAAAGUUCUGCAUGACUGCAACAUCCUGCUCCUAUUUGAAAAUUUCGGAACCGAGAUGCAUUUGCUUUAUAAUGAAAGACCUUCACAAGACUUUGAACACAUUAAAGACGUCUUGAAGCAUUUUCCUACAUUUUUAAAAUCUAUGGUUGAAAUUGGAAAUGAUGCCAAACUAUCAGAAGUGUCCAUGGUUUCAACAGAAGAGUUGCGACAGCUUUAUCCAAUUUAUACUCAUCCGGAGAUCAUAGCAGAACCACCCUUUACAGCUUUUGAAAAACAAUGCAGAGCUACACCAAAUAACGUUGCAUUAACAUCUACGCAAUGCAGCAUGACCUACAAACAAUGUUACAACGAAGUAAAGAGAUUAGCUAAACUCAUAAGUGAUCGUGACUGUUCUCCUCAGUUCGGGAACAAAAUUGUGGCAUUGCACCUACCAAACUCUUUGUCUUACGUCAUAUCAGUAAUGGCCGCCAUUCACGCAGACAAAGCGUUUCUGCCAUUGCCUUUAGACUACCCUCCUGAACGAUUGGGUUUUACCAUGAAAGAUGCAGAUGUUAACAUUCUUAUUAUGACAACCGAAACAUAUGAAAGCUCCGACUUCACAAAAAUCAGAAACAUUAAAACAAAAGUUGGUAUUGUUGGCGAUGAAGACAUAGUCAUAGUAGAAUUCAAACCAGAAGAAAAAUCCGUUCAAAGAAACCAACGUGAACCUAAGAGAAAAUCGUCUAUUGCACCAUUGGAUGAUGAUAUUUGUUACAUUAUGUAUACAUCUGGAUCAACUGGCCGACCAAAAGGUGUACAAGUUACAAAAACAGGAGUUCUCAAUCUUUCAAGGGCCCAAAUAGAACUGUGGAGUCUAAGUGAAAACGAUAUCAUAGCCCAGUUUGCAUCGAUAGGAUUCGAUGCUACUAUAUCUGAAAUAUUUACAGCAUUAUUUUCUGGUGCAACUUUAGCAGUCCUACGAGAGAACGAACGAUUAGGACAAGAAUUUGUCGUUUCAAUGAACAAACUGAAAGUCAAUACCAUUACUUUGCCACCAUCCGCUCUUAAUGUUUAUAAACCAUCAGACCUCCCGAAUUUGGAAAAAGUCAUAACAGCUGGAGAACCUUGUACUCUUAAUACAGCAGUCAAGUGGACGUCAUCUGGUAGAGAUAUACAAUUCUUCAAUGCAUAUGGUCCAACUGAAACAACAGUUUGUGCAACAAACUACAAAUUCAACAAAGGACUUGGACAUGAAGAUGUCAAUAGAGACAUUCCAAUAGGAAAGGGGAUUCCUGGCGCAUGCGUAUAUUUAUUUGACGAAUUUCUACAACCUGUCCCACCUGAUGUUGUUGGAGAAAUAUACGUUGGUGGUUUAGGCUUAUCAAAAGGAUAUAUAGGACAUGCAAGUCAUCACAACACAGAUAAAUUUAUCCGGAAUCCGUUGUCAGAUGAUAUACUUCUGUACAAAACCGGAGAUCAUGCCUUUCAGGAUCCUGACGGCACAUUAACAUAUAUAGGUCGCCUAGAUGAUAUGGUGAAAAUUCGAGGCCAGAGAGUAGACCUAAGUGAAAUAGAGCAGGUUCUUAUUCAACAUCCUAAAAUAGAUAUUGCAGUUGUUGUAGUCCACAGAUGUCAAAAACUCAAAGAAAUGAGCAUUGCAGCUUAUGUUUCUCCAACGUUUGUUUACACGUCAGAACUAAAAGAGUAUCUGACAAAAGUCCUGCCAAAAUAUAUGAUUCCAACGUAUAUUAAAAAGUUAGAGGUAAUAGAUUAUCCAAUGACGCUAAACGGAAAAAUUGACCGAAAGCUCUUAGAAAAGGACGAGUCCGUGCAUGAACAGCAACAGUAUGUUGGAUCAAGUCACUUAAAUGAAACACAGCUGGCUAUUUCUAAGCUUUGGUGCAGCCUUCUUAAAUUUGAAGAGUCAUUUGCUUAUACUCUUCAUCGACAAAGUUCGUUCACAGAACUCGGUGGCAACUCUUUACAACUGGUUCUUCUGCAAAGGAUACUAGAAGAAAAACUCAGCGUUAAAUUAUCGUUCACCGAUCUUGGUACUGCCGAUACAGUUGAGGAGUUUGCAGAAGUUAUAAAACGCAAGAAAGAUGUUCUGAGAAAAUCCUCACAGUGCCCCACUAAAGAUAAACACGACCUCAGAGAUUUGAUUUUAAAAGAUUCCCAAAUAGCUUUUGAUGAUCGAACACGUGUUGGUAAAAAAGGAGCCGUCCAAUUUCAGUAUUUUUCUCCGUCUACAGCUAAAUGUAAUUUCAAAUAUCCAAGAAAUAUACUAAUAUCUGGUGUUACAGGCUUUCUCGGGGCUUACUUACUGUCACAACUUCUGGAGCAGACAAAUGCACAUAUAUGCUGCAUGGUUAGAGAAACGACAGAAGCUCGUGGUCUUGGAAGGAUCAUAGAAAAUCUGCGGCGGUAUAAUUUAUGGAAAUUCAGUUACUCUACAAGAGUGGCAGUAGUUAUAUCUGAUCUUUCCCAGGAGAAGCUUGGAAUUGCACCUGAUAUAUACAACGCACUUUGCAAUGCUAUUGAUGUAGUGUUCAUGAAUGCUGCAAUGAUGAAUUUCAAUACUAAUUACGAAGAUCACAGAAUUGCAAAUGUCGACAGCACCAAAGAAUUUGUUAAAUUUGCCAUGACCGGAGUUCAAAAAUAUAUAUUUCAGACUUCUUCAUUGAGCGUAUUUCUGUUCCCACCAGAACCCAAAACUGGAGAACCCCAACAUCGUAUGUGCUACGAGUCUGAUUUUUUCGACGAUCCUUGUGCUGUUGAAGGUGGCUAUGGUCAAAGUAAAUGGGCUAGCGAAAAAAUCGUAAUGGAAGCAAUAGAUCAUCUACCUGGCGGAGCAAUAUUUAGACCGGCAAGAAUAUCUGGAUGUUCAGUUACUGGAUCAGGACCCAAGAACGAUCUAUUUGCGUCUACUUUGAUUGGCAUGAGAAAGUUUGGUUAUUAUCCCGACAUGGAUUUUCCAUUUGACCUUACACCGGUCGACUUUUGUGCGAAAGCAAUGGUAGAAAUUGCAGUCCGAAUCUGCAACGAAAGUAAUGGAUUUCCCAAAGCCUACCAUUUGUUUAACUCCAAAACAUUCCCUUUCCGUGACAUUUUUAAAGGCAUGGACUUAAAACCGUUGCCUCUAAAUGAUUGGAGAGAGAAGCUGAAAAAAGCGCCAGAAGAAUACAAAGAACUAAUACCGCUUACACCAUUUUUCAUGUCCCAGUUUUGGGACAGAGCAGCUUAUUGGCCAAUCUUUGAUACAUCUAACACCGACAAAAUGAUUUCCAAAGAAACAAAGGACUUGAUGUUACAUAGCACUGAACUAUUAGAAGUUUAUAAACGCUUUUUUGGAAUAUCAUAAGCUAAUACAAACAGGAUUAUAAAAACUCUUUUAACCACUUGAUCUGAUAAAAAAAAAUACAUUUGUGUGCAUAUCGUGAUUUGUCUGUAUA